AUCUAAUCUAAAAGAAAAACAACAAACCAGCAUCAGAGACAGCACUGCAUUUAUUAUCUCCAUCCCCUAAAUCUGCUCCACCCCCUUUAGCUGCCUAUUUUAAGGCUGGAUGGCCACACAUCCUCAGACACAGCAGAGAGAAAGUAGUUGCCUCCAUCUUCGCUAUACUUAUGCUGUUUGGUCAUUGAUUGAAUAUUCCAGAUAAAAAGCACAAACAUGAGCAAGCUAAUUCUAACAGCAGGUCUCUGUUUGAUUAUGACCAGUUUGGCCUCUUCCUCCAUACUGGUGUGUUACUACACCGAAUGGUCAAAAUAUAGAACAGGGAACGGCAUGUUCACGGUUUCAGAUAUUGAUUCAAACCUGUGUACCCAUGUGAUCUACGCCUUUUCUGACAUUAAUGAUGCCAAUGAGCUGGUACCAAGCAUAGACACACAAAGUUACCAACCCUUUAAUGGACUAAAAGAUAGAAAUGUGGAUCUCAAAACCCUUCUGGCAGUUGGUGGUUCGACUUUUGGCACCCAAAAAUUCACCACAAUGGUAUCAACAACAGCAAACAUGAACAAAUUUAUCCAGUCAUCUAUCACACUACUGAGAAAUGAGGGGUUUGAUGGAUUAAACCUGAACUGGGAAUUUCCUGGACAAGGAGGAAGUCCUCAACAGGAUAAACAGAGAUUCACACUGUUGUGCCAGGAACUCCUAAAAGCUUUUGAGUCUGAGGGAACAGCAACUGGCCGCCCCAGAUUAUUGGUCACUGCUGCUGUGUCUGCUGUCAAAGGAUCCAUCGAUGCAAGUUAUGAAGUCGCAGAGAUUGCCAAGUACCUGGAUUUCAUCAAUGUGAUGACAUAUGACCUUCAUGGCACCUGGGACGGGGUCACAGGACAUCACAGUCCCUUAUACCAAAGCUCCCAAGACACUGGAAGUCAAACAUACUUAAAUACUGACUAUGCAAUGCGGUAUUGGCGAGACCAGGGGGUUCCUGCUGAAAAACUAAUUUUGGGAUUUGCUGCAUAUGGGCGAACAUUUACCCUGUCCUCUACAUCCAGUAACGUUGGAGCACCGAUCAGUGGUGCUGGCUAUGCAGGCAGUUACACCAUGGAGGCAGGCUUCUGGUCCUAUUAUGAAGUUUGUCUUAAUCUUAACGGAAAAACAGUCAAUUGGAUUGAAGAACAGAAAGUUCCAUAUGGCACCACAGGAAACCAAUGGGUUGGAUUUGACAACAUAGACAGCAUUAAUGCUAAGGUCAACUACAUAAAGGCAAACAACUUUGGAGGAGUCUUUGUCUGGUCUCUGGACCUGGAUGAUUUCAAUGGGCAGUUCUGUGAUCAGGGCAAAUACCCCCUCAUCAGCUAUCUGCAUAGUCUUCUGGUUUCAGGAGUUCCAGUUAUGACCACUGUUAAGAAUCCUUCAGCCAUAACUACUACCACCAGAGCCACCACCACAACCGCAACCACCAGCGCCACCACCACAACCAGCGCCAUCACCAGAGCCGCCACCACCACCAGCACCGCAACCACCAGCGCCACCACCAGAGCCGCCACCACCACCAGCACCGCAACCACCAGCGCCACCACCACAACCAGCGCCGCCACCACCAGAGCCGCCACCACCAGAGCCGCCACCACAACCAGAGCCGCCACCACCACAAACUCUGCUGGGAAAUUUGAUCCAAAUUUCUGUAAAGGAAAGACCAACGGGCUUCACACCAACCCUUAUGACUCAAACUCGUUUUACAAUUGUUUCAAUGACUUUACCUAUCUCCAAAACUGCCCCUCUGGUUUAAUAUACCAAGAUAACUGCAAAUGCUGUAACUGGCCCUAAAUGAGCGUGCAUAAUCCAUGAUGGGUAGUAUAUACUUAUAUACUACUAUACUUAUUACAAAAGCUGGUGUGAGUCAUUCCUUUUUAUUCUUCACUGCUAAGAAAGCUUUGUCUUCUAUGCUUGCUUUUAGGCCAUUGUUAAGCUCUUGUU